GGUAGUUGUAGUCUUUCAGUGCUUAAAAGAAUUAACGAGAUGUAGUAGUUACAUUUUUCUCCAUUUCAGAAAAAAGCGUGUAGGGAGACGUAUCUAUUUGUCAGUUAUGGGAGAGCCUGCUGAGCAACUGGAACCCAUCCGAAUGAAAGCUGUUCGCCAUGGAGGCUUUUUCACAGUCCCCGAAAAUGAUAGGUUGGGAAGGUGCAGAAGUGUGAAGGAAUUUGAGAAGCUAAAUCGGAUUGGUGAGGGAACAUAUGGCAUCGUCUAUCGAGCUAGGGACUCUCAAAAUGGAGAAAUUGUGGCCCUGAAGAAAGUGCGAAUGGACAAUGAGAAGGAUGGAAUCCCGAUUAGUAGUCUGCGGGAGAUAAACUUGCUUUUGAAGCUUCGGCAUCCCAAUGUUGUGGAACUCAAAGAAGUAGUUGUUGGGAACCAUCUGGAGAGUAUUUUCUUGGUAAUGGGCUACUGUGAACAAGAUCUGGCUAGUCUGUUGGAGAACAUGCAGACACCAUUCUCAGAGGCUCAGGUAAAAUGCAUCAUUUUGCAAGUUUUGAGAGGCCUUCAGUACCUUCAUGAAAACUUUGUUGUUCAUAGGGAUCUGAAGGUGUCUAAUUUACUCAUGACAGACAAGGGAUGUGUGAAGAUAGCUGAUCUUGGACUGGCUAGGGUGUAUGAAGUACCCCUAAAACCUAUGACUCCCAAGGUAGUCACUCUGUGGUAUCGAGCCCCAGAGUUACUUCUAGGUACAAAGACACAGACUACAGCCAUUGACAUGUGGGCAGUGGGAUGUAUUCUGGCUGAACUAUUGGCCCACAAGCCUUUACUGCCUGGAAGUUCUGAGAUUCAUCAAAUAGACUUGAUCAUACAGCUGCUUGGGACACCUACUGAAACCAUUUGGCCGGGUUUCUCCAAACUACCUUUGGUAAGUCAAUACACUCUAAGGAAGCAGCCUUACAAUAACCUGAAGCACAAGUUUCCUUGGCUGUCAGAGGCAGGCCUCCGGUUACUUAACUUCCUCUUCAUGUAUGACCCCAAAAAGAGAGGCACUGCUGCUGAUUGCCUGGAGAGUUCAUAUUUCAAAGAGAAACCUUUGCCAUGUGAACCUGAAUUGAUGCCAACAUUUCCACAUCAUCGUAAUAAGAGAUCUAGUAAAGGGGCAGAGAACCCAGCAAAACGCAGUAAAGUCUGAUAAUAGAAAGAGGAAGGCUGCCAACACUGCAGAGGGAGCCAAGGUACAACUUCAGCAGUGACAAUCAUCUGUUCUAAAGUUUCACACCACCAGAUGGCUAGCCUCCACACCACACUUCUACUCACACCUGUGUCCAGUCCACCUACUGCAUGUCCUUCGAAUGUGGAAGGAAACUGAAGCACCCAUAGGAAACCUAUACAAACACAAGGAUGGUCUGCAGAGACAGUAUCCCAGCUAAGAAUUAGAACUAGAAACUACUUGUUGUGAGAUGACAAUGCUAUCCUAAAAAAAUCUGCUUCUUAGAUACCUGGGAGACAUACUACAGAUACAAAAUAAAAGCAUAAAUAUUUGUAAAAGGUGAGCAUAAUCAAAAUAAAAGAAUGUAUGAUAUUGUUUAAGCAUCUCCAAGGAUGUUUCUUGAAAGUUUGACAUUCCUGCCUUCCACAGUUUAGAUGAAAUUUGUUUUAGCUCUCAUAGAUCACUUCUUAGGAGCCUUGGAAAUAUGCUGCACAUUCAGAGGAAAAACAUUAAUUCUUGUAAGAGGUGUGUGCAGUUAAAAUAAAGGACUGUAAUGUUUUAUGAAGCGUCAUCUAAGAAAGUUACUUGCAGAGUUUCACAUUCUUGCCUUAGACAGUUUCAGAGAAAUUCAGUCUGCUAUUUUAUCUCCCAAAUCAUGUAUUAGAGAUGUCUAGGACAUAUGCUGAUCAUACAAGAGGAAGUGUGCGUAGACAUAAUGAAGGAAUGUAAUGUGUUUGUUUUUUUAUUUUGCUGGGCAUCAACUAGAAAAGUUUGACAUUCAUAUCUUUCACUGCAUUGUAGAACAUCACUGAAAGCGUGUUUCUUAUAAAUUGAAGAUAUGCUGCAGAUACAAAGCAUGACCUGUACAUUUGUAAGAUGUGCAUUUUAAAUGUAAAGUCUUGUUAAGCAUCACCAAGGAAGUUUAUUGCAAAGUGCAACAUUCUUGCCUUUUACCAUUUUGGAGAAAUGAAAUGUGCUGUCUUGGCUUUCAAAGGCUGCUUCCUAGAUGCCCAGGAGGUAUACUAUAAUAUACAUACAAAAUAAAGGCAUGAGUAUUUGUAAGAGGUGAGCAUAGUCAAAAUAAAAAAAUGUAAUAACUUUCGUUAAGCAUCACCAAAGAAGUUUCUUAUGAAGUCUGACAUCCUUGCUUUUCAGUUUUCAAGAAAUGAAACUUACUUUCUUAGCUUUCAAAGCAUGUAUUUUUGAUGCCUUGGACAUGUGCUGUGUUCAUUAAAGAAAGUCAUGAAUGUGUGUAAGAGGUGUGCAGAGGAAAAAUAAAGGAACACAAUGUGUUUUCACAGUA